GUAGCGCUCGGGGCCGCGCCUCUACCCCUCCUCCCCAGUUGGCCCAAGCCAGGCUCGGGCGCGCGCGCUCAGGUCCGAAUGUUGUGAAUAAAAUGCGCCGUUUGUUACACCCCGGCGGCGCAGGCAGCUCUUAAAGGACCAGAGACCCCGGGUGGCCGGCGCCUUCUUCGACCUCCCCGGCUCUGGGGGCAACUCGGAGGCGGCUGCAGCUCUCUGCAAGCGCCAAGGAAAACAAAGAAGCGACCGGAAACAGCCGUGGGGGGCGCGGGCACGGGGCUCGGAGCCGGCGCCCAGGAACCACGGCAGAAAGGAGGGCUGAUGUGGGGUGCAGCUGCACCCGGAGAAGUGGAGCAAGCAGGCAGAUCCCAAAGAACCAGUGUGGAACUGCGUUUGGAGUGUGAGAUCCAGCAUCACCUUUUGCCUUGUGAACAUCCCCAAUGCGACCAUGGGAACUGGCAGUGAAUAGGUGGCCUCCUGUCCCAUUUGACCAGCAACAAUUCCCAGGGGAGAGCUGUGGCAGCCCAGCACACCUCAGGAGAAGCCCUCCUUUCCGGCACCACUGGGGCCGACGUGAGCGACCUCUACAAACUCUCCUAGCCCAGGAUGAGAACUACUUGCACCCGGCUUUUUUCCAGCAGCAGCAGCCACAGCCACAAGUCUCUGUAGAUGAGCACCCAGCGUAUGUUCUGGCCACCACGCCACCACGAAUGCUUCACCCAGCGGCACACACAUCCCACCAGCAUCCAUUCAUGGUGGAUCUCCAUGACCAGGUGCAUCAGGGAGCUGUCCCUCUCUCCUAUACGGUGACCACAGUAACAACACAAGGCUUCCCCAUUCACACUAGCCAGCACAUACCUGGCUGCAGUGCGCAGCAGCUCCCAGCAUGCUCAGUGAUGUUCAGUGGACAGCACUAUCCACUCUGCUGCCUCCCACCCCCUCUGAUCCAGGCCUGUGCCAUGCAGCAACUCCAUGUCUCUUAUCAAACAUUCCCACCACUCAUUUCCAGUGAUCAUUAUAUCCUGCAUCCUCCACCACCUGUGCCACCACACCAGCCUCCACAUAUGACAGCCCUCGGCCAGUUUGUCCCACUCCAGCCACAGCAUCCUCGCAUGCCACUUCAGAGGAUAGAAAACGAGGUAGAGCUUCGGGGUGAACAGCACUCAAUGGGGGGCUUCUCGUAUUCUCCUUCCCAUCAUACUCCUGCCUUGUCUCCCUCUGUACCAUUGUAUCUUCCACACACACACGACCCACUUCACCAAGAACUGCCGUUUGGAGUGCCAUAUCCACAUAUGAUGCCCCGGCGGCUGAAUUCCCAGCGAUACAGAUUACAGCAACCACUGCCUCCGCCGCCACCUCCGCCACCGCCAUAUUACCCAAGCUUCCUGCCAUACUUUCUUUCAAUGCUUCCUGUGUCGCCAACAGCUGUGGGGCCCACAAUAAGUUUGGACUUGGACGUGGAUGAUGUAGAGAUGGAAAACUAUGAGGCAUUACUGAAUUUAGCUGAAAGAUUAGGGGAGGCCAAGCCACGGGGACUCACCAAAGCAGAUAUUGAGCACCUUCCAUCCUACCGCUUUAACCCAGAGAGCCAUCAGUCCGAGCAAACCUUGUGUGUGGUGUGCUUCAGUGACUUUGAAAUCAGGCAGCUGCUGCGAGUUCUGCCCUGCAACCACGAGUUCCAUGCUAAGUGCAUCGACAAAUGGUUAAAGGCAAACCGCACAUGCCCCAUCUGCCGAGCAGAUGCUUCAGAAGUGCAUCGGGAGGCCGAAUGAGGUUCAUCAAUGCACUGCUGCACAAAUUUACUCCAGGAUACGGACCUUGGACCAGAGGCAUGGGCCAGCCUGUAUGCUUAGCCUCUGGGGCCUCUCCUGGGAUGCGGUGAGAAUAUAAGCAAUGUAUGACACCCCCUCCCCCUCACCCCAUGGCAUGGACUGGGCCUGGUGGUUGAGCCAGCUCUGCGGUGUCAUGCUUUGUAGGGGGAGGCAUCCCCACGUGCUCUGCACUCCAAAGACUCGCCAUCCUUGCACCAUUGUUUUCCAGGUGUUUGCAUUCCUUCUUGGUUUGGGGUUUUCCUUUCCUAUUUGGUUUUGUGGCUGUCUGACCUAGAUUUUUAUCCGAAUUCAUUCCUUUCUGGCAGAGCCAGAUUUGGGGGCCUUGAAAGCAGAACAGCUCCAAGGGAGAGGGGAAGAAGUGCCUGCUUCAACCCCACCACCUGCUUGCCUAGAGUACAGUGUUGCAAGAUAGUAGUGGGGGAGUAUGUUGGUUGCAACACUGGUGUAAGCCACUUGAGGCCUUGCCAAAAAAAACAUCUGUGGCUGUCUCCACGCUAAUCUUGGCCCACUGGCCCAGGACCACCCUGUGUUUUUCCCUACACAUGCACAGAAUAGUCCCACCAGCGUCUCAGACUCUCCCUCCCCUUGCAUGCUUGCAAUGUUGGGUGGAGUUCAGGGUUGUUCUCACAAGUUGCACAGUGAGGUAAAGAAAAAUGGGCCUAAACUUAAGUCCAGCAAUAUUCUGCUGCAAGGCAGUUUUGGGGGAAAGACCCAUUUCCCCCCAGAAAGCUCGAAAGAGAGGAGGAGUAUGCAAGUGAAAAUCCCUACAAUAAAACAGCCGGCUCUGUUUAUUACAUACUUAAUGAAAUGAAGGCUUGUGGCUUGUGUUUUGAGAUACAGAAUCAUGUAAUAAUUGAUGUGUCUUCCUUUUAUUUUCCUUUUGCACACUUCAGACCCCAGAUAAUUGUCCUAGUGAUACAUUUGGGUUGCUAUUCCUUCUCGGCACCCAUCUCCAGAAAGCACCUCUCCUCCAUCCAGUUUUUGAGUAUCCCCGGCAGACUGCCUCAAUCUCUUCCCUUCAGCAACGCCCUCCCCCCUUCUUCCUCUUCACAUUUGGCCUACUGAUGCUCAUCCUGAUGAGCUUUUCUGUAUGGCCUGAUGCUUGUGCGCUCAGUCAGGAACUAUGGCCAAUUUGACCAUGACACUCAAGCUGUGUGCCUUCUUGUGUCUGCACACACACAUACACACACACACACUCGCCUACCUAAAAUACCUGCUGAUUUGAAGCAAGAAAGCAACCAACCUGCCACCCUGUUACAGAAACCUGUUAUCGUAAAAGUAAUAAAUUUAAAAAUUGUUUUGCAUGAUUAUACCAUGGAAUAAGAGAGAAGCCCUCGCCGUUUAGUUGGUUUGUGUCUGAAGCCUGGAAGAAUCAGAGAAGAUGAUAAAAAUCUAAUGUAAAUGUUCACAAAUUAUGCAUGCAUGUUAUGACCAGCUUGGAACUUGGUAUUGGCUAUCUCUCUAGCCAGCUGUGGGGUGAUGGGGUGGGUGGGAAUGAGGGGGUUCUUUGUGCUCAGCUGAUUACUGCCAUGCACUGUACUGCACAUGUCCGCAACGCCUCACAAGGACCGUUAACGCUUUUCAGGGCAUUUCUCUCCCCUCCCUCCCCCUCCAAAUUAGAGAUUGGUUUGAAACCAGGUUGGGUUAGGAGGCAGCAUAGUUUUAGUAGAGAGCCAGUUUGGUGUAGUGGUUAAGGCAUCUGGCUAGAAACUGGGAGACCGUGAGUUCUGGUCCUGCUUUACAGGAUAUACAAAGCCAGGUUGGUGGUCUUGGGCCAGUCAUACUCCUCAGCCCAAGGAAGGGGGCAAUGGCAAACAACUUCUGAAAUCUUACCAAGAAAAAUAGAGGUCCUGGUCCAGCCAUUCGUCAGGAGUCCACACUAACUUAAAGAUGCACGUACAUAUGUACACAAACAGUUUUAGUGGACUUAGUUUGAGGUAGAGUUGCAAGGCUUAGGGGCAGAUCUCUUCUGCGUUAAUAGCUGCCUUGGAAGGAGGACUCUGGCAGGGUCACUUUCUCCUUCAUGGUGCUGCAGAAGUAGGAGAAAAGGGACCUGCUGACCACUCCUUCUCCCUUCCUUCCUCCCUUCCUUGCCUGGUUUAUCUUGUCCUGCGUCAACUAGUAAUGCUCCAGGGUAAGUUUAGCAGUGUCGUAAUCGGUCUCUGCCUAUCCGCAGUAGUGUAUUUGUGCUAUCUUUCAGUUGGAUAGGAUCUUCUGCCCUCCCUCAGUGAUACUCCUCCAAAUGGUAGACCCAGAUUAAUGGUUAGAUCUCGACUCUUUCCCUUCAAAGUGGGGGCAACAGAUAGGAACAGGGACUGCAAGGGAGCCUAAGGCCAAGGCCAGGAAACAAAGCCCUGAGCCUUUCUGCAUUUUCUUUGUGCGCUGGCAUCCAACUGUUCUUGGUAAGAGGGCCUGAUGAAUUUAUGGAACAGCUAAGCAGGGCUCUACUUAGGGCCACGUGGAUGCAAGGGAACAGUGACAAAUAGAUCAGACAGCAAAAUAUCCCACAAGUCUGAGGGCUCAAUAAGCCAAGAAGUGAGAAGGGCUAGUAAUGAGAAGAGCAGCUUCUGUGUCCACUUUUUCCUGUGAAGAUGGAUAGUGGCUGGAGGGGGCGUGGCUCUGGUGCCAUGUAGUUGACAUUUUUUUCUGAACAUGCCAGCUCUCAGCAAUAUAUUUACCUCUAAAAGUAGGAGAAAAACUUUGGGAUGUGGCUGUGGCCAGUUGGCCUUUUGCCACUCAUCCCAGCCAUGUCUGGUGAGGCGACCAGUUUCUUCCCCAGCAGUUGAGACUCUUCACCCAGCUGAGGAGAGGCGAUCCUCAGGGUCCGAGGAGGAGGAAAAUGAGAAGGAUAAUACAGUUGUUAUAAUAUAAUAAUACAGUUUGUCCCUGACUUGCAACCAUUCGUUUGAUGACUGUUUGAAAUUACGACAAAGCUGAAAAAAAAUGGGGCUUUAUGACAGGCCCUCAUGCUCAGUGACUGUUGUGGUACCCCAGCAUCAUUAAGCACGAUUUGUAUGCUCAGCAAUCAGCAUGUAUUUACGAUGGUUGCAGUGUUCCUGGGGUCACUUGCAACCUUCCCAGCGGGCUUCCGACAAGCAAAAUCAAUGGAGAAAGCCAGAUUCACUUAAUGACAAUGGCAAAAAAGGUCAUAAAAGCGGGUGUGACUCAGUGACCUCAUUGCUUAGCAACGGAAGUUUGUCCCAAUUAUGGUCGUAAAUCAAGGGCUGCUGUAAAGAUCCUUAGUUCCUGCAAAGACACAACAAAGCAGGAUGGAUGGACUGGAAAGCCCUUGAUUUGAAAGUAGCAGCUGGCUUGCAUAUCAAUCAGUGAAUGAGAAGCUCUGGGCAGGUCCCAGGGUUUUUUUUCUUGAAUAAUAAUCAAUUGUUUCCAUUUGUUAAGAUGAAGAUCAGUGCUACUUUUUAGAAAUAUCUCUCUCCUCUGGCUCUGCUCACCCCAGUUACGUUUGGGGGGGGGGUGCAGGUUUAUGAUGCAUCCGCUCUUGGAUACCCCCCAAUAAAGAAUUUCCUCUUUCCCCUCCUCCUUUUCAGAGGGGGAGACUAGCUGCAGUGGGACAUCUAAGCCAGGUCUUGGCCCGGGCACAGGCAGAUACCAAGGAACGGGCCGCUUGCCAUCCUCUCCAACUGCACAGACACCAGCAGCUUUUCCUUCCCAGUCCUCCCGCAAUGUGUCACGCUCCCUCUCUCCUGCCAUGUCAAGCCAGUGCCUUGUGUCAGACCCACCUCUUCCCCCAGCCUUUCCCCUUGUUUCACAGCUUUUGAAGGGAGAGAGAGGGAACCAACCCCCUAUUCCAUGUGAUAACAAAUAACCAAAGGUCUUUACUGUAUAUAUUAAAAAGUUUAAAAAAAACAAACAAACACGGGAGGUGUUUCUAUAUUUAUAGCCAAUCAGAAUAGUGCCGAUGCCCAUCUGUUUCAGUGUCUCUUCUCCUUCCCCCGCCAUCUUUUCAGAAAGGUUAUUUGGGGGUGGGGAGGGAAGGAAAGCCUUACGGUUCUUCUGACGGUGACUCGAAAGCUCACAGCUCGUGUGCUGCAGAAUUUAUUCCAAGGAGCAGCUAAAAGUUAUCAUGAAAAAAACAAAAAAAAUAUUACUAAAACAUUUAUUUAGGAUGUUUGUGAUUGCUGAUUGCGCUGUAGAUGCCACUGUUUACCAAUGAUUUCCUGUGGUGGGAUAGUGGGCUGUUUACUGUUCUUUUAUACCAGUCCCGUGCCCUCCAGAAGGAUAGCUCAGCUUCACCCUACAAGGAGAGGGGCCUCCCUGUAGGGCACCAGGGCAUUUGUUCUGUGUUAGAAAGUUUAUAUAUAUAUAUAUAUAUUAUAUAUAUAUUAUAAAUAUAUAUAUAUAAUUUUUUUUGCUCUGUUACUUGCACAUUUACAGUUACCUCAUUUUUCCCAUGUAUGUAUUUGGAAAAAAAAGGCUAAUAUAUAGAGAAGAAAAAAAAAUAUCUUAAAUCUCUAAAGUGUUUUGUUUUGUUUUAUUCCAUUCCAUUGGAAUCAUAUUGGUUUGUAGCAUUUAACAUAACUAGUAUGUUGUAUUAUAUAUGUGUAUUAUACUGAUUGAAAUUUUUAACAGAUUUGUACUUUUUUUAAAAUGAAAGUUGCUAGUUCUGCUUGACCAAGUAGUGCAAUCAUUAUUUUUUUUAAUGUUGUGGCUGAUUUUGAGAGGGAUAUUCACUAAUAAAUGUAUGAUGUAUACCAAA